AUGCCCCUCAAAAUCAAGAAGAGCCAGCCAGUCAUGUGUACAAGAAGAAUGGCCCGCGACUGGCUCAUCGAAAAUCCCGAAACGGAUGCCAGCGGUGCCGCGCUCGCAGGGUUAAGUGUGAUGAAGCGCGUCCAGUAUGCCGAGACUGUCAUAGACAUCGGGUCGCCUGUCUCUAUGACAGGUCAGAAGGCCAACCUGCUACCGCUCAAACCGAACCGCAACGCAGCUCCGGGGCUCCUCCACCUCCCCCUCCCACGCAGAUAG